UCCUGAUCAGUAGUAGCACACUUUCAUCGUGGCGAGGAAAGUGAGCGAGUCGAGUGAGUCGUUUCGUCCACGCCGGAGGAAUCAUCCACGCUGUAACACACGCCACACACGCGCGCGCGUGUCCACGAAGAUCGUGUGCACGAGGGAGAGACUCUUGCGGCGUGAAGAGAGAGAAAUAAGCACGGCUGAGAGAAAGGGAGAAACGUCUCGCCGGAUUCCUUUCGAUCCGCAAAAAAUUGUCGUACGUUUUUACCCACAGCACCGGGUGGGGUGCUCGUUAAGAAACGGAUUGCUUGAGAAAGUCGAGAAGAAAGAAUUGUUAAUUGCUCGGUUUGUUCGUAAACAAAAAUAUGUGAUACCAUGGAAUAUAUCUGUAUAUGUACAUUUAUAUACGCACACACGUACACACACGCACACGCAUAUGUAGAUAACGUACAUAUGCAUUUGCUUAUACAUAUAUAGGAAAUAGAAUUCUUUAACAGUGAUUAAUUUAGGACGAUGCGUUGGACGAGUAAAGAGGAUAGAAAAUGAUUCCGGGUGUCGCGUGUCGACUCAGUUUCGCCCUUUCCAAAGGGAGGGUAGAAGAGGCGUGAGGUGGAUGAAUCAUUGAGACGGCCUCUGACGUGUCGAAUAAAAGAGGGAGGCGAUCGAAGAAUCAAAGCGGAGCAAGGUUGCAAGUCAAUUUUCAGCGACUGACCAAUUUUAUUUACGAUCGUGAUGAGCAAAAACAACGAGAAUGGUAUAUCUUUGGCGACGCCUCCAGCCAUUCAUGUUGGUCCCAUAGUGAAUCCAGGCACCAACGAGACAAUUUCUAUUGUGAUACCAUUAUCAGCCCAGUUGGCUACGGUUACUAGUCAGAAGAUUGAGAAGUCGUGCAAAGAUUGCAACAAGGAUGUCAAACAAUCGUCCAAUAACUCCAAUUCCCGACCGAGAAAUGACAAAACUAAGGGAUGCCCUUAUCCUGGUUGCACCAGAUACGGGCGAGCCUUUUCUAGAGCACACGAUCUCAAACGGCAUAUUGCUCGUCAUGAAAUGAGAAAAGAGAAGCUGUCUGACUAUGAAAAUUGUGCUAUUGUGGGUAAACAUCAGCAGAGUGGCAAAGAAAGUACCGAGAAUGUAACAAAUGGAAUAAUUGAUAGGCAACACAUGUCUUGGAACGAUGAUUCACGUGAAACUAAAUCUUAUUCCUGUUUACAUUGCAAGAAGAAGUAUACUAGUGAGAUUAAGCUUAAGGCUCACAUGGGUUCCCAUGAAAAGGUUCCAGGUAAAAAUGUGUGUACUCUAUGUGGAACAUGUUCCCGCGACGAGGAAGAGUUACAAGAGCACAUGAAACAACAUACAGCAAACAUGUUGGAAGCUCAAACAGCACUAGAAAAAGGUGGAAAAGAGCAACCAGAUAAAGAAGAUGAUUUUUUGCUUGAAGAAAUGUUGCUUCUCAACAAAAACCCACGAAGAACAAUGCAAUCAGGAAAAAAUAACUCAAAUAUAGCGUCCAAAAUAAGAUGUGAUUAUUGUUCCAAGACUUUCAAGACAAAAUGGACAUUGAGUUCCCACGUAGCAGCACACGAAGGUCGUUUUCAAUUCGAUUGCGGUCAGUGUGGCAAAAAAUUCGUCAGAAAGAGCCAUUAUGAAGGUCAUAUGAGAUCCCAUGAGGCUGCACGGCCCUACGUCUGCGAACAAUGCGGAAAAACAUUUAAAGAACUGAAGCAUAGAAGGGAACACACUAAAAGGAAGCAUCCUACUAACCAGAACGCGAUUCAAACACUUCUAGACAGCAUUAGUCCAUGUGGAUCGGAAAAGUUCACGCUUUUGAUGCCUGUUAAUUUUUCCGUGUAG